GAGGUAGCAAAGCUCUUUGACUCUUCUUGAAUAAAUUCAGACCAUAAAUAUAAAAUCAUUAUUAUUAAUUUAUUGUAAUAUACAUAACAAAAUUUAAUGGAAGAGACUAAUAGUGCUAGAGUCGAUGACUGCGUGAACUUCGAAAAACUAAAGAAAAUCAAAUUAAACGACGACAAUGAAAAUGAUGACGAUCUGUUCAAAGACGAAGGAAGUUCCUCAAAGAACGAUCAACAUUCACUGCUAGUGGCUCAACACUAUAAUAAACUUCAAGAAAAAGGGCUUAAAGAAAGAUUUAACUCAAAAAUCUUUUACUUAAGGAACUUUAAUAAUUGGAUAAAAAGCAUGCUCAUCAGUGAAUAUCUUCAGAAAAUCAAAGAUUCAAUCCAAUUCGGUUCACCAUUGAGAGUAUUAGAUAUGUGCUGUGGAAAAGGAGGCGAUCUUCUUAAAUGGCAAAAAGGAAACAUUUCGUAUUUAAUUUGCACAGAUAUUGCUAGCAUGUCAAUCGAGCAGUGUAAAGCACGGUAUGAAAAAAUAACUGCUCACGAUCCACCUGAGAGGAAAUCUUUCAAUGCAGAGUUCUUUACAUGUGACGCUACUCGCGAUCGUUUACGUGAACGAUACAGUGAUCCAUCAAUUGAGCUAAAUCUUGUAAGCUGCCAAUUUGCCUUUCAUUAUUGCUUUGAAUCACCCAAACAAGCAGAGACAAUGCUUAAGAAUGUAUCAGAAUGUUUAAGACCAGGCGGUUACUUUAUUGGAACUAUUCCUGAUGCAUAUGACAUUAUGAAAAGACAGCGAAAUUCACGAUCAGAUAGUUUUGGAAAUGACAUUUUUGAGAUAAAAUUUCUCUCAGAUCCCAACGAUUUGCCAAUAUUUGGUGCAAAAUAUAACUUUCAUCUUGAUGGCGUCGUCGAUUGUCCUGAAUUUCUUGUUUAUUUUCCGGCGCUAGUAAAGUUAGCAAAAAAAUAUUCACUGAAACUUGUGGAAGUUGUGAGGUUCGAGGAUUAUUUUCAUCGUAACAUUGGUCGAGGUAGGAAUCUGCUUGAGAAAAUGUCGGCUGUUGAGCAAUAUGGACUUCAAGGAAAUCGCAUGUCAAGAUCUAAUGACAAUGAAUACAAACAUGCCAAAGACUUUCUUCUUCAAAGAGGUGGUUACGAUAAUUGCAGGCGAUGUGGAACGUUAUCAGCAUCAGAAUGGGAAGCAGCUUGUAACUCUUUACAUGAUAUUCGCCUUCCAAAAAGUCAAAGGGCCCAUCGAAUGAAAAUGUUCUGAUGCUUUCAAACCUUCAUAAUAUGUCUCAAGUAUCUCAGUUCAUUUGAUAUCUGUUGAGUGUCACAUUUUUUUCUUCUUUUCCUCCUAAUCAUUAUUAUUAUUGUUAUCUUAAGAUUAUUUUAACAAUUUUCAUUUCAUUUAUUUGUUAAACAAAAUAUUUAAAGUGUAUAAAAAAAUCCAAACAUAAAUAAAUAAAACAAAAUUGACAAUUUAUAAUAAAAGAAAAU